GGGGAGGGAAGGAGCGAGGGAAGGGAAGGGAAAGGAAGGGAAGGAGAGGGAAGGGGAAGGGAGCCGGGCGGCGGCAGCAGGUGCUGCGGGGCGGCAGGAUGGCGGCGGGGGACGCGGAGCAAGUGCGGUACUGCGGGAGGUUCUCCUACCUCUGCCUCAAGCUCACCCUCAUCACCUACUCCACCACCUUCUGGGUGAUCGGAGCCCUUGUCCUCGCGGUUGGGAUUUAUGCAGAAGUUGAAAGACAAAAGUACAAAACUCUGGAAAGUGCCUUUCUAGCCCCAGCAAUUAUUUUAAUACUUUUGGGCAUUAUAAUGUUCCUGGUAUCUUUUGUGGGUGUACUGGCUUCUCUAAGAGACAAUUUAUGCCUUCUUCAAGCAUUCAUGUACAUUCUUGGUAUCUGCUUGCUGAUUGAGCUGACUGGUGGAGUGGUGGCCCUGAUCUUCAGAAACCAGACAAUCAACUUUUUGAACAAUAAUAUUAGAAGAGGAAUUGAGAAUUACUACGAUGAUUUAGACUUCAAGAACAUCAUGGAUUCUGUUCAAAAGCGGUUUAAGUGCUGCGGUGGGGAAGAUUAUAAAGAUUGGUCACAAAACGUGUACCACAACUGUGCGGCGCCGGGACCGCUGGCCUGCGGGGUGCCCUACACUUGCUGUGUCACAAAUAAGACAGAUAUUAUCAACACUAUGUGUGGAUACAAAACCAUUGACAAAGAGCGCUUGAGUGUUCAGCAUGUUAUAUAUGUCCGAGGAUGCACGAAUGCAGUGCUUAUUUGGUUUUUGGACAACUACAGCAUCAUGGCCGGUGUGCUGCUUGGCAUAUUGCUGCCCCAGUUCCUGGGAGUGUUGUUAUCCUUGCUUUACAUAACUCGGGUGGAAGAUAUCAUCACCGAGCACAAGCUGAGCGAAAGACUGUUUGAAGAAGCGCGGCAGAGAUCUGCCCCCGAGUUUGCUGGAGCCGGCUGCUGCAUGUGUUACCCGGGGUGACUUCGGAAACCUCAAACACGGUUUAAAAAAGGCAAAUCCACCCGUUCUGGUUUGCGCUGGCUAUUACAGACUACGGGUGUAACGAAGCAGCCAGCAGACGGGCGGUGGGUCGGCGGCGCGCCGAUACCUCCGUAGCCUCGUCGCUCUCGGUGUGUCUGCAACCAAAGACGCACCAAAAGGGCUCCGCGCUGCCGACGAUGCUGCUGCGGUAUCACGACGCUGCUGGAAGGUGGGCUUGCGGAUCGUUAAAUCUUUUUUUGAAUGAUUGCCGAAUGAUACGCAGCUGUGAAAACUAUUCUGGGAAGAUUGGAAGGUAGAUUUCUAGGAAGAGCCUUUGUGUCUAGGGGUGUCAUAUUUAAAUGUUUGUCCUUUCCAACUUUAUUUUCUUACUCCUUCCAAAAAAGAUUUCUUACUGAUCUACGUGGUGAAUAUUAAACAUGUGUUUAAUAAUUUUUUUUAUGCUAAUCUUGAUCAAUUUACUGACAAUAACGGAUGUGAUGCUGAACGCUUUCAUUGCUCAGUCUUUUGUGCCUUUUGAUAAUGGGGCAAAUGCCAACGUUGAAUCAGUCAGGUAAUGCUUGAUAUAUUUUGAAUGCAAUUUAUUACUGUCUGGCUUUUGUACAAACUUACGGGAUGUUUGAGUCUUGUAUGUACUGUAUUUUUCCUCUUUAGUAAAUUAACUUGGGUGAUUUAUGAUUUUUUAUUUUUCGGAGUGUUGUAUGUUGAGAUGUUUCUAAAUUUUAUUCUUCUUGUCAAAAUAAAAACAAGAAGUUUUUUUUUUAAAAAAAGCACAAAGAUUUUGUUUAAAAUGCUUUUUAUUUUCUUUUCUAAGUUAAGCCUGUCCCUCAAACGCUGAAUCAAAAGGUAGAAAUACCUUGAGCUGUGAUUCUGGCUUGGGUGCUGACUUGCCUGGGGUUUUGGACAGUCACCGAGGGUCUGUGCCUUGUUUGCUUCUCCUAGUGAAUCUGAGACAAUACUUGGGAAGUCACAGAGAGCUCUGGGGUUUUUGCAGUCUUUCCAGCCCCAGACAGGCUUGCAGGCAAAAUGCAAAACCUAACUAUCACAAGAUAAACAAAUUCAGGAUGAGAAUAAAGUGGGGUUGGUUUA